UUUUUAACUAGUUUAUUACCUUCGGGGCUAAGGUAUAGUAUAAACGCCUAUUAUAUAAAUAAUAGCUCUAGGCGUCUAGGGGGUAUAUUACGAAAUAUAGAUAUAGUUAAUACUACCCACAUUAAGUAG